GAAGCCUUGCGCUCUGCAUUCCGGCGGAGCGCUCAGGAACACACCGGCCGCGUCCUGGUAUCGGCCCGAAAGAAGACUUGUUGUCUCUAUAAGUGAAGACUUGGGGAAACAAAGUUGCUACGCGCGUGUUUUUUUCCCCUCCUACAGUUAUUGCUCUAUUGCUGCGUUGUUGGCUCUGGUUGUGGAAUGGUUCACACUUCCUCUGAGAGCUGUCUGAACUGUGAGAGAGGCGCUUUAUGACCGCUUUUUAAGGUUCAAGCCUUAGUUUAUUUAAAAUCCAGACUGCUGGUGCAUCAUGGUGAUCAUGACAGAGAACAGCCAGGGGGCUCAGUCCAGCACUGCCCAGGGACGGCCACUGCAGGUCGGCUUCUACGAGAUCAUCCGCACCCUGGGGAAAGGCAACUUUGCAGUGGUGAAACUGGCCAAACAUAAAGUCACCAAAACACAGGUGGCCAUAAAGAUCAUCGAUAAGACCAGACUCAAUCCCUCCAACCUGGAGAAAAUUUACAGAGAGGUGCAGAUUAUGAAGCUGCUGAACCACCCCCAUAUCAUCAAACUAUACCAGGUCAUGGAGACCAAAGACAUGCUGUACAUUGUGACGGAGUAUGCAAAGAAUGGAGAGAUGUUUGACCACUUGACCUCAAAUGGCCGCCUGAGUGAAGAAGAGGCACGAAAGAAGUUCUGGCAGAUUCUCACAGCGGUGGACUACUGCCAUCGACACCACAUUGUUCACCGGGACCUAAAAACCGAGAACCUGUUGCUGGACGCCAACAUGAAUAUAAAGCUGGCUGACUUUGGAUUUGGAAACUUCUACAACGCGGGGGAGCCUCUGGCCACAUGGUGUGGUAGUCCGCCUUAUGCUGCCCCUGAAGUGUUUGAAGGGAAAGAGUAUGAGGGGCCUCAGCUGGACAUUUGGAGCCUCGGUGUGGUGCUUUAUGUUCUUGUCUGCGGCUCUCUUCCAUUUGAUGGUCCCAGCCUUCCUGCACUCCGACAAAGAGUCACAGAGGGACGAUUCAGAAUCCCUUUCUUCAUGUCCCAAGACUGUGAAAACCUGAUCCGCAAGAUGCUGGUGGUGGACCCAGCCAAGAGGAUUAGUGUAGCCCAGAUCAAGCAGCACCGCUGGAUGCUGGCAGACCCAACAGCAGCCCACAAUACCCUCAGCCAUUCACUCACAGAGUACAACUCCAACCUGGGAGACUACAGUGAACCCGUGCUGGGAAUCAUGAACACACUGGGCAUCGACCGGCAGAAGACUAUCGAGUCUCUGCAGAGCAGCAGCUACAAUCACUUCUCUGCUAUCUAUUAUCUCCUGCUGGAGAGAGUGAGAGAGCAUCGCACCCAGCAGCUGAACCGCCAGUGUGGAACCUGGAGCCAGAGACCCAGGAGCACCUCCGACUCUACUGGCCCAGAGGUGAUUAUGGAGUCCACUGACAGCUUUAGGACCACACCGUUUUCAGUUCCAGCUAAAAAUGCUCCCCCUGUGUACUCGGAUGUCGAGUGUGAUCAAGGUGGAUUGUUCCAGCGAGUGGUGUUUCCAGUGGAGGCCAGUCUGAACAGAUUGCUCUGGAAUCGUUCCAUUUCACCCAACAGCCUGCUGGAGACGAGCAUCAGUGAAGAAGUGAAACCAAGAGACCUGGAAGAGGAGGAGGCAUCGCAAACCCUUAGCCCCCUGCUCCCUCCCACCACCACUUCACGCAGACACACUCUGGCUGAGGUGUCAGCCCGUUUCCACCAGUGCAACCCUCCAUGUAUUGUGGUCAGUCCCUCUGAUGGUGCCUCCUCUGACAGCUGUCUGAAGUCUUCAUCCAGUCCCAAACCUUCUCUGCAGGCUGCUAUGCAGGAGAUGUCGACACCUCUGGCCUCUGGGGCAGAAGGUGGAGCUCUGCUGCCAGGCGGAGCCCCCCUGGCCCUCUCCUCCCACCUCCUCCCCCAGGCCCAGGGCAGCCUGCCUGCUGCCAGCUUCCAAGAGGGUCGUCGAGCCUCUGACACUUCCCUCACACAAGGCCUCAAAGCUUUCCGCCAGCAGCUGAGGAAAAACACACGCACUAAAGGGCUUUUGGGAUUAAAUAAGAUCAAGGGUCUGACAAGGCAGGUCGUCCCUCCGCUCCCCUGUAACCGCGGCAGCAGAGGGUCGCUGGGUCCGGCCCUUUCUGAGCACCGCAGCAUGCUUGAGGAGGUGCUGCACCAACAGAGGAUGCUGCAGAUCCAACAUCAGCCUCAGCCUCAAGUCCAAACAGCAAAGGCAGGACCUACGCAGAAUCCCCUGCUCUUUUUGGCCCAGCAGCAGGCACCCUCUCCUCCGUCUUCUACAGUGUUUGCUCCCUCGUCCAUCUUUGACAACCCCACCCCAUCGACCAUGCCUCCUCAGCAAACUUCAGUGGGUGUGCAGCAUGGCCCCUGGCAACCAACCCUGGACAAUUCCUCGUCCUCAUGCUGCUCCUCCUCCUCCUCAUGCUAUUCGUCUUCACUGUCCCCCGUGGCCUCCGCUGCUUACCUCCUCGAAGCUCGCCUGCACAUUAGCCAGCGACCUUACCCUCACCUACAAUCCGGCCUCCAGCAGCAGAGUCAGGCUGCAACACAUGGCUCCUUCCCCAUCUUGUCCAAACCAUUGGGGUGGAGCCUGGGUGUGGGCUCCAGCGCAGAUCCUGGCAUGCAGGAGUUGGGACUGGCUGCGCAGCAGCAGCAGCUCAGUAGCUGCGUCAUGGUGAAGUAAAUCAUCCACCAUGUUUUCGACACAAACAAACUUUCUCUCUGUGGAAGAAGGAAAAAAAAAAAAGACUUGAUUUUGAGCCUAGACGAUGAAGAGAGAAAGGAACAAGAGAAAGUUAACAAAAAAGAAGAUGCAACUGACAAACUUAUUUAACAACAUGGGGUAGACACAUUGUGCACGUGUGCAUGUUGUGUUCAUGCUUUUGGUAUCGUAUAAGCUAAAGACUAAGCAAUAACCAAACUCUGGAUGAGAUUAUUAAAUCUGUAUCAGGCCGCCAGAGAAGCAAUAAUAGACUGAAAGACUCUCGUCCAGUCUCCUUCCUGAUGGACUCACUUGAAUGAAAUGAGAGCUGACAUUAGCUGAUACACUUACGUCUCGCAUGUUUCGAUGCUGUCUAAGUUACAUUAUGAUUCUCAGAAAAAGGAACACUCCAGCUUCCUCGUUCUUUUUUUUCUUCUUAGUCACGUUUUGUGUCAUUUCCUAUACUUGAUGUUUUUACACUUGACUGGACAGAAGACCAAACUUAUUUCUUUCUUCUUCUUCUUUUUUCCUGUCAUUGCUCCCACUGUUCGCCUUUCGGAAGACAUUUCUCUGUAGCAGUGCAAUGGACAUGCGUUAUAGUGCCCAGAGCUUACACACAUUCACACCGAAGACUUUUGUUAGUUUGUAUCGAAACUGUGAUUUUAUUUUUGUUUUUUUCGCACGGGGGUCGUUAUAGCUACCAAAUGCUGCUUUUACCUCAAGCUGCGAACAGACUAGAUUGCUGCAUCCUUAUCAGCCAAAACUAAAGGAAGAGAGUGUCUCGCUGAGUAAAGCACAAUAGGUACAUCGGUCAGCUGGGCAGCACCUUACAGUGUGUGGACACAGAUCCAUAUUCCCUUGAGUUAAUAAGCACCCUCUUGUUUGUUGCUUUUACUACCUCCUCAGGCAAGAAUUUGGAAACCUGUAAAAUAUCUUUAACAUGCCGUCAACUCCAGAAUAUCAAAGGAAGAAUAUUUUUUCACAACAACAGAACAAUGACUUUGGGAACAGUGCAAUAUUUCACAUUGAAAUACAAAGGAAAGAUCAGACUCUACAUAGGAAGAUGCUCAUGCCUGAGGCUUUUUACUUUUAGUGUGUCUUUGUUGUGCUGACUAGCUGACUAUAAGGGUACAAGUUAUGUAACAUAAAAAACAUGACACUGUAGAAAUUGAGAGGAAACACCAGAAUUUUUAAAAAAAUGCUGUUUUUUUUCUUUGCACACAGCAUUUUGUUGAUUCUUUAUCUGAGAGAGAAUGUGUGGGUUCUACCAAAGGGUGAACAGCACAAGGGAUGGAUGAUCUGUCAUGGAUACACUACUGACAUUUAUCUUUAAAAGCUGUCUCAAACUGUAGCACGUGGUUAGCUUGCAUUUUCACUUGAUCUCCUUCGCUUUUGCUGUGAGGGAAAAACUCCUGUUGCCACCACAACGUACUGCUACACGUGUUAAGAGCUCUAGCUGUUACUAUCAGGACCAUUGUGGUAUUCACGUUUUGUACUUUUCUAGAAAAGAGAAAGAAAACCCCCCCCCAGAAUAUAGCAAUACCACGUUAUGCUGGAAGUUGUCCAAAACUAUCUUUAAUUUGGUACAAAUGGAUUCAUUUGUGCGGACGGCGUGUUUGAAAGCUGCAGAAGAUGCAGUAUAUUGUCGGAAGUUUAGUUUGUUCUCGUAUAUCUGUGAAGCAUCUUGUAGAGGAGAAGUGUUUGUUUUUUUUCUUUCCAAACCAUGUUCUGUGUUGGAAACAUGCAGUAUUGACAUUUUUACCCGACCUAUUUAGCUGAUUGCAGUCAUUACCGACACUUGUGCCUUUCUCUGAACAAACCCACCAUCAGAGGUGUCCAUUUCUGAUCACUACACUGAAGAAAUUAAAAUGGAUGCCUCCGUUAUUGGCCGUUCACUCAGAAGCCCCUUUUGAUAGCUUCUUUGACCUUUGAGCUUGCUGUGUAAACACAAGCAAAAAUUGCACUUUAUUCAUAUAUGUUUUGUUUCUCAUUAUUAAAAAAAAAACCAGAAGACAAUUCUGUGAAGACAACUUCACAGAAUUAUUGAAACACUCUUGAUGCAAAUCUGUAAAGUGACCCUUUUGAUAAACUUUGGAUAAUAAGAAGUAUUUCAUGUUUUUUUUUUUCUUUGUUAUUUGUUACUUGACAGUGUGUGCAUGUGCAUGUGUGUGUGUGUGUGUGUGUGUGACUGUGUGCAUGUGUGAGUGCCUGGAGGGAAGGAACAGAAAGAGUAACGACUGGGCCGAGAAUGUACAUGAAUGAUUGUUUAUUUAUGUGGCUAUUUAUUUCAAUAAAGUUCACUUCCUAAACUGA